AUGACUGUGACAUCUGAGCCCUUUCUCGAUGAUCUAAAGGUCGUCUUUCAACAGACGUUUAUUCUCACAGAUCCAACCAUGAAUACUUCCGAAGUACAGUACUUUCACUGUAGAAUUCCAAAAACAAAACUCACCGAUACAAAAUUAAGUCAAGUAGAACCAUCUGUGGCACCAAUUCCAAGUGAGACAAGACAGAAAUCACGUUUACUCGAAUCAAAUACUCUCCAAGUCUCAAAGGUAAUUCAAGAUAAAUUAGAAACACAAAAUCCAGUUCAAGCACCUAAUUCUCCUGCAGUAAAUGACGUUCAAGAAACAAAACCAUCACCACAAGCUGAAAAACAGAAUCUAUCUCCUCAGCCAAGACGUAGAAUUGAAGCUCAAAGGUUUGAUAGCCCUAUUAAUAAAGAACCACCAGAGCCAACACAACCAGCAGCAAGUUCUCCUGUUAAACAAUCACCACAAAAACCUAUUGACAAUGGAAUUGAAUUUAAAGAAACAAUUGAACCUAAAUCUCUUCUUGAUUACUGGACAAUACCUCUUAAGAAUCAAGAAAUUACACAAUUUAUCUUUUACAGAAACGAAAACGAAUUUGGACUUGUUGAUCCAACAAAUAAAGAAUUACAAAUAAAGGCAAUUAAACGACAGACAGGAGUGAAUAUUAUGCUUGGUGGAGAUAAAGUUGCCGAAAUUAAACAACAGGAUGAAGAUACAUUUUUCUGUUAUACAACAGAAUAUAAACCAUACCAAGAAUUAUGCGCAAUGAAACUUAACAGAUCAUAUGCCAAAGAUGGUGGACCAAUUCUUUUCGAAUUAUACAUUCCAGCUCUCAAAAAACAUGCAGAAGGUCAGAGAUAUGUUCAAAUCGAAGGCGCAGAGACAUCAGGAUUAGUUGCUCGUGUUCUUCAGCAUGCUAAAGAGGCUAUUGUUAUGAAAACAAGAGUGCCUCAAAACCAAGGAAGUACUUUUGAUCUUUCUUUCGACACAAUUUUCAAAAAUCCUGAUCAACAUAAUUUCAUUGUUUAUCAUGAUUCUUCUCCAAGAAGAAUUGUUGCUUCCCUUGGUUCCACUACUUCAAAUAUGUAUAAGACUACUGUUACUUAUCCAAUGUGUCCACUUCAAAUCUUAUUCACUUGUGUCGCUUGUCAUUUAUUAGAUUAA